CCCACAGGUUGUGUUCGCUUGACUCUGAUUUAUGUGACGAGGCGUUGUCUCUUAUACCCUUUCCUGUUGCGCCGCAGCGCGAUGCUGAGCAGCAAAAUGCAGCGCAGCUCACAUGGCAGCAUCAAGUCGUCCUUGUCGCUGCGCUCCAGCAGCAAAUCCUAUCAGGCCAAAAUGGACAAAAUGUCGGAGCAUCUGUACGAUAUUGUCAAGAGCGGCUCCAUGGUGAAGCGUGCCCAGAACAAGAAGCGUUUCACGCCCGUCAACUACAAACAUCGCUGGUUCGAACUGACAAAGCGUACAUUGUGCUACUACGAUGUGGAGAAUGGCGAGCGACGCCGCGAACGGGGCCGAAUAAAUCUGAAAGGCGUUCGCCUCGUGGAGGAGGCGACUGUUAACGGCGAGGGCGGCGAUCCCUUUGCGCCGGAUGGUUACCCGUUUCAAGUGGGCUACUGCGAGACGACAGCCGCACAGCAGCCGCAGCAGACGGCGGACCAACAGCAACUGGGCGAGGGGCAACUGGUGGGCAGAGCGGUGCCGCAGUACACGCUCUACGUGAUAGCCAACAGCGAGAAGGAGCGCAGCGAGUGGAUACGCGCCAUACGACAAGUUUGCGAGGACAGCAACACGCCCAAGUCGUAUCGGUAUCAUCCUGGUCUCUGGUCCGGCAAGAAGUGGAGCUGCUGCAAGGGUCUAGCACGGAGCACCUUCGGUUGCCGCGCCGCGGCUCACUGGCGCGAGGCCAACAAUAAUCCAAGUAAGAGCACAAUCAUUAUUAUUAGUGGAAACAGUGCGACACACAACGCCAUCAGUCUGUGGCGCUGCAAGUGCCCGCCAAUCUGCCACUCCUCCGCCUCCGCCGCCAUCUCCUCAUCCUCGCCUUGCUCAAGCUCGUCGGGGUGGCGACGUCGUCGCAUAGCCAACACUCCCGACCUAUGCACAGCCAGAUCCAGAUGCUGCAUUCUUCGUUCUCUCUCCACUUUCGGUAUAGACUCUAUGCCUAUUUAUAGGCUGGCAUAUGGGGUAGGCAUUGACAGACCCGGCAGAGGGCAACCAUGUGGAAUAGUCUAAAAUAAAACUGGGGU